UUUUCACUCUUAUUGCCAUUGUAGAAUGCAAGAUAAUUAUUUUAAAAUAUUUUCAAACAAAUAUCAUUCACAAAUAUGUGCUUUUUACGAUAUUGUAGAUGUGAACACGUUUUUGGCGGCAACAGGUAAUUAUCCGAUUGGUUGCCAGUAAUUUGGCGCGAAGCAGAAAGAAAUUAUGGGUAAAGAAUAUAUACUUCUGGAAUACCUAUAGUUUACUCUGAGCAUUUGGUUGGUUUUCGUGGAGUGCCUACAACUUUUUGAAACUUGUAUUUUUUAUUCAUUUUUUUUGUAAGAUUCGUUGAAUUUUACAAUGCCACUACAAAUUUCAACAAAGGAAAAUAUUCGUAAACAUCUUGAAAACGUUUCUUUGAAAGAUAACACUUCUCCAAAGAAAUUAUGUAUUUCUCCAGUUAUUUCACAAGAGAAUGGUACCAAAAAUGGAACUAAAGCCAAAGAUGUAAAAACGAUGAUUUUAAAAGAAAAUGGAUUCAAUCCAGAAUUAGAACCAUUACUGAAAGAAAAUCCACGUAGAUUUGUUGUCUUUCCUAUCCAAUGGCCUGACAUCUGGCAAAUGUAUAAAAAAGCUGAAGCGUCAUUUUGGACUGUCGAGGAAGUGGAUCUUUCUAAAGAUGUAUUUGACUGGAAUCAUUUAACUAGUGAUGAGAAACAUUUCAUAUCUCAUGUCUUAGCAUUCUUUGCGGCUUCUGAUGGAAUCGUUAAUGAGAAUCUCGUCGAACGAUUUAGUCAGGAAGUACAAGUAACCGAGGCACGUUGUUUCUAUGGUUUUCAAGUCGCCAUAGAAAAUGUGCACUCAGAAAUGUACUCUAUGUUGAUUGAUACAUACAUCACAGAUACCAAAGAGAGAGACUUUUUGUUCAAUGCGAUUGAAAAUUUACCAUGCGUUGCGAAAAAAGCUAACUGGGCAUUAAAUUGGAUAAAUCAUGAAAGUGCCACAUUUCCUGAACGUGUGGUUGCAUUUGCUGCAGUGGAAGGUAUUUUCUUUAGCGGUAGUUUUGCCGCUAUUUUUUGGCUGAAAAAAAGAGGUUUAAUGCCAGGACUUACAUUUAGUAAUGAGCUUAUUUCUAGAGAUGAGGGACUACAUUGUGACUUCGCAUGUUUAAUGUUCAAACAUAUUAUACAAAAACCGUCUUGCGAUCGGGUCACAUCAAUUAUUAAAGAUGCCGUAAAAAUUGAACAAGAAUUUUUAACGGACGCUUUACCUGUUCAAAUGAUAGGAAUGAACUGUACACUUAUGUGUCAAUAUAUCGAAUUUGUUGCUGAUAGAUUACUUACAGAAUUAGGCUGUGAAAAGAUUUAUAUGUCCGAAAAUCCAUUUGAUUUUAUGGAGCACAUCUCUUUAGAAGGUAAGACGAACUUUUUCGAAAAGAAAGUAGGAGAGUAUCAAAAAUGGGGAGUAAUGCAAGAUAAAGUCGAAAGCAAUUUUACAGUUAAUGCUGAAUUUUAAUUUACUAGGUGACAGUAAUAGGAAAAUUGACUAUCUCUCUCUUUUUUUUUUUAAACAAUAACGAGUUCGAUUUGAUUGUUUUUUAUUUAUGUAUGAAGCAAGAAUGUUAUAUAUGCUUUACUCAUCUAUGUAGAUGGAAAAUAAUUUUCAUUGCUUCUUUUCUUUUCUCAUUGAUUAAGACUACAUAGUAUAUUACUAGAACCAAAAUUGAUAAUUGUACUUAUUUUUUACUACAAUUUUUAUAUUUUGACAAUGAUAUUUAGAGUUCAAUAACGACUGGAUCUACUUCAUUUAUCACAUUUCUUAUGAAGUUAUGAUGACGUGUAUUGUACAUUUAUUGCGACAUUUAUUUUGAGUCUUGUUAUAUAUUAUAUUCAAUUAUAGAAAUAAUUUUGCUUUAAAACAAGUCGUGUAUUGGCAAUCAGAAGCUUAUUAUUUCAUAAAGCAACAUGCAAAUGAAAUUUGUAUAGGAAUAUAAAAGUUCAAAUGGACAAGAAGAGUAUUUAACUAUUGAGACAAAACAAUUCAGUAUUUAUAUAAGGUUUAUGUGUAUGUAUAUAAUGUAAAAAAUAUAAUAAUCUUUAUUAUAAGCAACAGGAAUAGGUAAUUAUCGUGAAUAUAAGAUUACUACGCAAUUAUAUAUAUAUAUAUGAAAAGUUUAUAUCUUUAAUAACAAUUGAUAAAUUUUACGAAAUUUAUACAUUCAUUUUAUAAAAAUUGGAUGUUUUAGUGACACAACAAUCUCAGAAAAAGUAUUUUUCAUGAUAGGCAGGAAUGUGAAUAUAAAUUGUGUGAUUGUAUGCUAUCUAAAUCUAUGUAAAUUUUGCACAAUUAGAAUUUGUAUAUAAGUCUUCUAUUCCUACAAAAUAUAUAUUUCCAUAAAGUUUAUAACAAA